AUGGAGAGCCCCGAGUUCUCGGCUGGUAUGCGCAACCAGGGCCCCAACGGUGGUCCCCCAAAGCGCAAGCGCAGCAUCAUGGAGAGCAGCCCUGCUAGCAUCGGAGACAACGACCGUGACGAGCGCGACGAUGGCUCCCCCGAGACCAAGGGUGGCCGCCGACUCCCUGGUGUUAAGCGCGCUUGCAACGAGUGUCGUCAACAAAAGUUGCGAUGCGAUGUCGUUCAAGAGCCCUUCUCUAGUUGUUCACGAUGCAACCGUCUACAUCUCGAAUGCAAAAUCGAAUCCAACUUCAAGCGUGUAGGGAAGCGCAGUAAGCAUGCCGAGAUGGAGAAAGAGAUCGAGAAGCUCAGGCGUGCGGUUCAAAGCGCAAAGGCCCAAGGUUUCGUCGUCGAUGAGGAUGAUGACAACAACACCCCAGGCAAUGCCACGCACUCUCAACUACACUCCCCUGUGGUCAACAGCCACUAUUCGCACACAAGAAACCCAUCAUUGAUGGGCUCCGACGAGGCAGUCUCUUCUCUGCUUCACCUGAAGCGUGGAGGCUCCUAUGCUAUGCCCAGGAUCGUGCGCGAGCUUGAAGACUUCAGGAUAACGGAAGAUGACGAAGGCGUCUUGUUCAACGACUACUUCCACUACUAUCACCCAUUCCUCCCAUUCCUCAAUCCUCACCAGACCCCAGACCAGUACUACCAACAGUAUCCUUUGCUUUAUUGGGCUAUAGUGGCCGUGGCCAGCAGGCGCUAUGGUCACGAUCGAUCAUUCUUGACAAAGCUUUCCAGCCCUCUGACAAGGUUGCUCUGGACCACCAUCGGGGAGGUGCCUCAAAGCUACUUCGCUGUCAAGGCGCUGUGCCUCCUCUGCACAUGGCCUCUCCCGACCAGCACAUCAUCAUCUGACCCGACCCACAUUCUGGGUGGUGUUCUGAUGAAGACGGCCACCGGUCUGGGCCUUCAUCGGCCAAAUCACAUGAACGACUUCUCAAGGGUACCCAUUGAGCUCAACAAGGAGGGUCUACAUGACAGAAUCAAGACGUGGGCUGUUGCCAAUAUCGUCGCGCAGGCUGUAGGCACCGGCUAUGGUCAACCCGCAACAACCUUGUACGACUGGACGCUGGCUACCCGCCAAGGCGAUACCAGUCCUGCUUCGCUGGGCCCAGAGCUCGAGGCCAGACUCCAGAUAGAACGCUUUUGCGAUAAAGUCUCGAAGGAGAUGUACAGCAAUGCCAGCGAUCCUAGGGGUGUUGCAGGCGAUGAGCAUCGCGCCAUGUUGAUGCGCGUUUACCGUCGCGAGUAUAACGAGCUGGCUGCUUCCGUCUUGUCCAAGGGUGUCUCACCAGUCGUCAACCUCCACCUCAAGGCUGCGUGCCUCCAUCUACGCCUGGCAGGCUUUUUCGACUCCAACAACACACCUAACUACCUGGAAGAUAUCAUGGGGCUCUGGAGAGCUACGACGAGCUUCCUUGACUUCAUUUUGGACGGUGACCCAUCUUGCCACGAUCACUACUCCUACCAAUACCGUGAUCAGUACAUGCUCAAGUACGCCUCCAACUAUAUCCAGCAGAUGCUGGUGGCUGCUGGGUUCUCAUUGCUCAAGCUAUUGCGCUCCUUCUUCGCCAAAAGUAUUGAUUUUGAUCGCGGACGGGAACUCUUCCACAGAACCAUUCAGGCCAUCCGGACCACGAGCGUCAUACAGAAUGAUCUUUAUUGGAGAUUGGCUGAGCUUAUGGUCCAGAUAUGGAAUGGCGCUGGUAGAGAAAACCCAAACGCAUAUCGGCCAGAUGGAACCGACCCCGUGGUGGACGACAGUCUGCAGCUCAAGGUGAGAUGUAGACACAGCAUGAGCCUGGUAUUCGACUCAAUUUGGCACUGGAGGGAAGAGUACCAGGCCAGAGGGAGAGGUACACUUGAUGCCCUUAAACAACCCACCAAUCCUGAUUCAGCUAAUGAAUCAUCAGCCUCGUCGACACAUCUCGACAGUACGCUAGCACCGCCCUCUCACGGUAUCCCGAACCUUGGCCUCGCCGCCGCCGCCUCGAACGGAUCCAUCACACCCGGAGGAGGGUCUUCAACCAUGGGUGGAAACCAGCAGCUCAUGGGAAUGAACGGCUUCGAUACCCUCGACGUCUGGGAUCCCCAACACUGGAUGCUCGAUGGCCUUCUCGACUUCAACUACACGUUUGUCCCGCCGAUAGAAGGUGCUUAG